ACACGAGGACGGAACCAUUUACCGAGCCCAACGAUAUGGGAGAUUAAAUGCAACCAGACGGAAUCAAGGUUCGGGUUUCACUGCGGAUUAGGGCCACGCGCCUCUGUGACAUGGUUGGAUUACAAAUCUGGGUAAUUUAAAGAGAAAUUGGCCAAUUAAUCUCAGUGUGCGACGGCGCAUCCCCUCACAUCCCAGGGAAGACAGAGAGAAAAAAAACAGGAUCCGGAGAUAACUCCGUGACGCUGCCAUGGACAUAAACGCAUCCACAUAGGCAUGAGGACCAGAUUCGAGCGCUUUUCUGCUUAGCCUUCGUGUAUCACCUCCUGCUUCAUUAUUAGCCAUGGUGUUGCUGCGGAGCUUCGUGCAUAUGACGGCGCUGUUCCUCCAGAGCGGAUGGUGGGGGGUCGCGCCGAGCCCCACCGAUGAAGGAGCGCUCCGGACCGGCCACGGGGACCACGGAGAGCCGGGCCAUCAGGAGCCUCACAAGGACUCCUACAGCACAUUCGCCUCCGAGUUCCUGGAGUCCAGAUAUUUGUCUGAUGACGGUUAUCCAUUCCCCACAGCCCCACCAGUCGAUCCCUUUGCCAAGAUCAAAGUCAGCGACUGCGGAGUAACCAAAGGCUGCAUAAGGUAUGGGAAACCAGGGUGCGAUGCCGAGACGUGUGACUACUUUUUAAGCUAUCGUCGCAUCGGUACAGAUGUGGAGUUUGAGAUGAGUGCAGACACAGACGGCUGGGUGGCUGUGGGUUUCUCCUCUGACAAGAAAAUGGGAGGAGACGAUGUCAUGGGGUGCGUCCAUGAUGAUAACGGACGUGUGAGGAUCCACCAUUUCUACAACGUCGGCCAGUGGGCCAAAGAGAUCAAGAGGAACCCGGCUCGGGAUGAAGAGGGAAUCUUCGAGAACAACCGGGUUACCUGUCGCUUCAAGCGGCCGUUAUACGUCCCUAGAGAGGAAACGCUGGUGGACUUGCAUCUCUCCUGGUAUUACCUGUUUGCAUGGGGACCUGCUAUUCAAGGUUCCAUCACGAGGCACGACAUCGACAGUCCUCCAGUCAGCGACCGCAUGAUCAGCAUCUAUAAGUACGAAGACAUCUUCAUGCCCUCCACAGCCUAUCAGACCUUCAAUUCUCCGAUCUGCCUAUUGCUCAUCGUAGCUCUCACCUUCUAUUUGCUCAUGGGAACGCCAUAAUACAGCACAGCCGAUCACACUGGAGAGGAGGGAGUGAUUAGAUGAUCAUGCAGCAAUAAAAAAUGUUGGUUGCCACAAUGAAGUGUGCACUUUGCACAGAUAAAGACUAUCUUAGAUGUAUUAAACAUGAUAGAUCAUACAAGCAUUACUCAUGUUGACAAAUUAAUAAACAAAUGCUAUGGAGGAGAAAUGUACUUGAGAUAUUGUAUCUGAUGAAAGAGUAGUAUCAGCUUAAACAGUCUUUUUCAGUAUUCAUGACAGCAUCCUUUGAUUUAGGAGAGAGUGUUUACACAUACCAAUGAAUAAUCUGGGAAUCAGUUCAGAAUCCCGCUGUUUGCUGGCGAAUUGAGAGGAAGUUUCCUGGAACGCAAAGACGAAAGAAAAAUGACAUCAAAGAGCUUUCCUCCUGUUUCCCUACAGCGUUAACGUGGAUCCGAGCCAGCACGUCCUUCUCAGCCACAGCGACUGUUUGCUAAUGAAAUGGGGAAAGAAAACACUCAAACCUGAGCUAAUAUUGAUUUACAUGUGCAAUAUUUUACUGAAAAGGAGUAAUAGUUUAUUUCUCCCUCAUAUUGUUGCUGUAGCAUUUUAAUCGGAAUGAAAAAUUCCUGAACGUGAUCGAAUGCCCAAAACAAUCUGCUGUUAUAACAAAGGACUCUUCAAAGAAGAGAAAAAAAUAUAAUAUUUUCUCUGUUUGAAUAGAUUGCCCUGUGUCCUACACAGAUUAAAGGCACAGUGUAUGACUUUGAAAUUUUCAAAGGCACUCAUGUAAACUGAACCCUCCUUUGAUCUCUUACUUGCUCUUUUUGAGAUUAUGCAAGGAGUCUCGGGUGCUUUCCUUGGGUUCUGUCCUUGUCAGGUUUGCCGCAUUAUUCAGAUGGAAGCCUGCUGCCAUGCUUCCCAAUUAUUAAAUUGCUCUUACAGUCAUAUUUUGUCUCAGUCUUGAAACGAUUAAUCUUUCUAUUCAAACUCAGAUUGUGAAAUUUGACAUCAUCUGCAAACCUUACCUAAUAUACUGUAUUAAAGUCAACUCUGAUGAAUCCACUGUA